CUGACUUUUCUCAGUAGCGCUUAAACCCUAAAUAUCAGAGAUCAGCUUGUGUGCGUUGCCCAAACAGAGAUAGAAUAUAUGUAACCAGAUCACAAAUAGUAUUUCAUAGCUAAAAGUCUUCUAAAUCCAAUUACAACUGUCAAGUAUGGAUUGUUUUGUUUCUAAUCUAUUAUCCUGGAAUCGUGUGGCUUACAUCUUUCUCACUGAAUAUACAAGCCAUUAGUUUAAAAAGGUUUGGAACUGCGAUAGCUGCAAGCUGCAGGCAAACCCUUUUUAAGUGGUUUUAUUACAGCCUAUUUGCCUCUCCCGCAGAAAGGGAGUUGGCUGCUGUAAACACCAGGAUAAGUUGGUGUCAUGCUGCUCUUGAAGCAUGUGACGGCCGGAUUCCCGGGACUGUCCUAUCCUGUUUCAGAUCUUGCAGUUCAGCGCUUCCAGCAAAUAUUCUCUUCCUUCUCUUUUCGUUCUUAACUCACACCUGGGAAUCAAACUAAACAACAUACAGGUCCUGAACAGGAAGCAAAUUUCUUGCAGAAAGUCAAGUAAAUAGCUAGACAAGAAGGUGCAGUGUCUGGGGUAUCUCAUAGGUAUCAUGAGCAGUUUGUUCUUAAAGUUGGUGUGCUGCAAUGAUUUUGCCGGUUCUGUGCAGCUGGGUGGGAGUAAACUGAGCACACAAACGCUCCUUGCUGCGUCUAGGUACUGUUCCUGAAAACAAGAGCAAACAUGGUUUAUUCAGCAAAUGAAGCUUAAAUUCCUUGACCAAAAACUGAGGGCUUGUUUUCAUGAAGGAUGGCAACACCAUAUGUUCCUGUUCCUAUUCCUAUUGGAAGUUCAUCAUCCAGCUUUACAAACAGAAACCAAAGAAGUUCUUCCUUCGGGAGCAUUUCAACGAGUUCAAGCUCCUCAAAAGGACAGCUGGAGGACUCUACAGUUGAUAGUUUUAAAAAGAUGAGCGUGCCUGACCAGAUUGGUUCCACAUCAUCUGCAUGUAGCAGUCCCCUUGUUAGGACUAAAUUUUCAGGUCUGGAUACAUCCAUAGAAUACAGUACUCAGCCUGUAGAAGAAAUUGAGCAGAAUGAAGAUUCCAGGACCUGGGAAGAUCGACCAUCCACACCUACUAUUCUGGGCUAUGAGGUGAUGGAGGAAAGGGCAAAAUUCACUGUAUACAAAAUACUGGUGAAAAGAAGUCCAGAGGAAAGCUGGGUAGUUUUCAGACGGUACACAGAUUUCUCCAGGCUUAAUGACAAGCUAAAAGAUAUGUUUCCAGGCUUUCGGUUGGCCCUUCCACCAAAGCGCUGGUUCAAGGAUAAUUACAAUCCUGACUUCUUGGAAGAUCGACAGCUGGGGUUGCAGGCAUUCCUCCAGAACCUAGUAGCUCACAAAGAUAUUGCUAACUGCCUUGCAGUGAGAGAAUUUCUUUGUCUGGAUGAUCCUCCGGGUCCUUUUGACAGUCUAGAAGAAAGCAGGGCUUUCUGUGAAACUCUGGAGGAAACAAAUUAUCGCCUACAAAAAGAGCUGCUUGAAAAACAAAGGGAGGUUGAAUCACUGAAGAAAUUACUAACUGAAAAGCAACUUCACAUAGAUGCUGUUGAAAGAAGAAUUAGCUCAGACAAAGAGAACCAUGAGCCAUGCUGGAGUGGCUCUUUGGCUGGAAAUUCUGUCCCAGAAAUUGAAGUUGCUGAAGUAGCCUAUACCACGGAUGAAGAAUAGCUGAGCAGCAGCAGCUGUUACCUGGGAAAGGUUCAGUUAAGGGUGUAUCUGUGGGUAGGAUCAUAGAGGAGCUGUGAAGAAUUCACAGCAAAGAGCAAGAAUGCACAUAUCAAAUGUUUACAUAAAUCCUUACAAAUUAUUAAUGUAAGAAAUAUAUCCAGUGCUGCUUUGAUUUCAGUUUUUAUCUAGCCUUUAUAUAUUUAAUAUAUUGAAGUCUAAUAAGGGCUAAAAUCAGCUAAAGUUUAGAUAGUGUAUAUACACAAUUUGGCUGACUUUCCUAGCAGAAUGAAAAAAGUUUCACAUUAAAUCACGGAACACAUCUCAUUCAUAUGUCAUAUAUUACCACUGUUGUGGCACAUUUGAUGUGUUCAUCUGUUUGGUAUUUGUGUUUUCUUAUAGCCAUAAAAUAAUGCUUGCUGAAGUAAAAAUGGACUCAUUUGUGUAUAGGAAUGGAGAAUGUGCUGGUUUUAAAUUCUAAAGUUGAAGAAAGUUUCUCUGGAAGUUUUAUGCAAUGCAAUAGGAAAACUUCCAGUGCCAAGAGCAAAGUAAUUACACAAUGGGAUCAUAGUUGGACAUUGUAAAAUGGUCAUUUUUGCUGAAAGAACUGAUCUGAGACCCCCAAAACACUGUGUAUUUUCAUCCCAAGAUAGCAUGCUGUAAUACUUUUUGUUCAGUAAUGCUGCUUUAAAAAUCUGGGAUACCUUUGGUAUAUACAUGUAACACGUAGCAACAAAAUCUGUAAAUUUGCCUUUUACUCAGAACACUACCUCUUACCACCUUGCUAAUGCAUUUAUGUUUGUUUAAAAAUAUUCCAGAUUAUAUGGAGGCUGUUGAAAGACUUGUAAAGAAGCCAUAUUUUUUUCCUGCACAGUUCAUAACUAGAUUGAAUCUAGUCGCAGUGUAUUUUUGUUUCAAUAUAUUGUACACAUGGGGAUGUUGGUACCUAUGUUGUAUAGCCUAUUUUUCAAAAUGUAUUAAGACAGGAGAUGCACUUUAUAAUUAAGACUCCAUUGUGCCAAGUUCAGUUGGCUAAUUGGUUGAGAAAUGGGAGUUGCAGGGAGAGGAUUAUGUAGUGCCUUUUUGUAUUUUACUUGUUCAUUACUGCAGAAUUUUGUUACAGUGCUCUGCCUCAGUUCUAUGGAAUCUUUGAUACAGCAUUUUUCUGUUCUUCACUUAUUUACUGAAAGUGCCUUGUUUUAUUAUGCUUUUCCAAUCGAAAGAAUAUUGUUUUGUUUUAAUUUUUUUUUUUUGCCCUGUACCACCCACAUUGUUGUUUAAUGUUGUCAAUAUGCAGUGUCUUUGUGCUGGAGUUUUCAAAGGGAGCUUUGUACUUCAGGCUAUGCAUACAAUGGCCUUUAUGCAGAACUGUAUAAACCUUCCUGGUGAAAUAAAUCUAUGGACAAAACA